AUGGCUACUGAGCUGGUGCUCGUACAGCCGCACUGCCAAGCUGUCCCAGUUCAAAGUUCCGAGGCGCGCAAGCGCAACACGGGCAACAAUGGUGUGGUACUGAUCUUACCUGACGCUCACGCACUUGUGACCCACAUGAAAGACCUCCGGCGCCAAGAGUUGGCGGUGACAUCGGCCCACAUGAUGCAGUUCUUACCGCUGGACCACAUGGCGUGGAUUGAAAACUACAUGGCCACCCGAAAGACCGGUUACCAGUCGCUUCUGCGCUUGCUUCAGCACUUUGCUGGCCGCCAUGGGUUCUCAAAACAACGGAUCUACCGAAAGAAAAAGACCCAAGAUGACCUCGAACUCACGAGGCUUGCUUUUGGCAAGAAGUUCCAAGAGGGAGUACCCGGAUGUCGACUGGGGAUUGGCGGAAGCUACGUGGCCAACUCCGAGAGUCACUCAUACCGCAUGACCGCUUUGCUGACGACCAAUGAGUUCGACGACUACUCUGCGGGACACUAUUAUGCGAUGCAGAAGAAGGCGUGGAUGAACGGCUCCGUUUGGAAGUACUACCUGCGUGAAGUGCUGAGCCAGAGCAUUGAAAACCCGUCCAUCCUUCUGGUCGACUACUUUGACAGCGACAUGUUAGCGAGGAGAGCGAAUGCAUCGUGA